AUGAAUAUCCACAACAACCACGCGACACUGCCAUUUUCCAUUGCUGAUGAUUUCAAGUUGGAACGAUUAUUGGGAUACAAUGCUCAGCAAAAAGUAAUUUCUCUGUUGGGAAAUGUAAACGGCGUGAGAACGAUAUUAGUAAUGGAAAAAACACAGUUCGCCAUUGAUUCCGAGGAGGCUAUUAAGAAAUGGCUUGCACGGAUCAAACAACCGAAUGGACAGGAUUUACAGCAAGUGAUUGUGAAUGAUAAAUAUUACAUGUUGAAUUUGCCUGUACAGGAGAAUGAUCAUUUCAAUUUAUUGAAUACGAGCAUAAUAUUUCCUGCUGACGAGAGUGAUAUUAUAAAAUACUCCAUGCAAAGUCAUGAGCUCUUUCUAGAAACUCCAUCUCUCUACAAGGAAGUCACCCGACCUUUCCUUGACAAAAUUCCAAAGGAGCAUGAAAAGUGGGUCGAUAAUUUGCUACAAAAACAGAGUGAAGUUGAGCACAUGAUUUAUGAGGACACAGAAUCAGAGGAAGAUUUACGCUUCAUGCUACAUCCAGAUAUGAAGUAUGACAAGGUUGACAGAAAUCAACUCUAUUGCAUUGCAUUCUGUUUCAACAAUGAAAUCAAAACCCUUCGUGACCUCUCAACAGAGAGGCAUCUGAAAAUGCUUAAAAAUGUUCGUGACAAGGGAUGUCAAGUCAUUGAGCAAAAGUUUGGAAUUCCACGAGAAAAAUUGAGAAUUUUUGUGCACUAUUUACCUUCGUUCUUUAGAUUCCAUGUGCACUUUACCAAUGUAGAUAACACGUCAGUCAACAAUGGUGUCGAGAGAGCUCAUUUGCUUGACGACAUUAUUGAGAAUAUGGAAGUAUUUGGUUUGAACUUCUAUCAACGCAAGACCUUAACCAUCACUCUCAAAGGAACCCAUGGACUCUACCCAUUUUUCAAAGAGAGAAGCACAAAUGUGGAUAGAAAGUGA